AUGACAAUCAAAGUUAUAUAUAUUGCUAGACACGGGUAUCGAUCCAAUUGGUUACCUCAUGGACCUUAUCCAUUACCGCCUACUGGUGUAGAUAGUGAUGUUCCAUUAGCAGACCAUGGUGUUAAUCAAGCUAAAGAGUUGGGCCAUUAUAUCUUAUCUAUUGAUAAUCAACCUGAAUUAAUCUUUUCUUCACCAUUUUAUAGAUGUAUUCAAACAAGUGAACCAAUAGCGAAAUUAUUGGAACUUCCAGUUUAUUUGGAGAAGGGAGUUGGAGAAUGGUAUAAACCAGACCGUCCCACGAUCCCUAUUCCAGCAGAUUUAGAAACGUUAAAGAAAUUAUUCCCCGGCCAUGAUGAUCGUAGUAUAUUGAGUGAAAGUUCAGAGUGGGUUCCUGGUUCAGGAAUUAUACCUAGUGAUCAAGGUGAGACUGCAGAUGAAUUGUAUGAGAGAUGUAAGAAAUUCUGGCCCAUUUUCAUCAAAAGAGUGGAAGAACAGUUUAAUCAAGUGGAAACGAUAUUAAUUGUGACACAUGCAGCAAGCAAGAUUGCUCUUGGGAUGUCAUUAAUGGGAUAUUCAAGAUAUGAUGAUGAAUUGGAGGAAGGUGGGUAUAUACGUAGUGGUAGUUGUUCGUUAGACAAGUAUGAAUUGAUUAAAGAUUAUCAAGUUGGGAUGGUUGAUGAUGAGGGAGAUGAUGAUGAGGGGGAUGAAAGUUUGGAGAAUGGAGAAGAUAGAAUAGUACCGUUUGAGAAAAGAAGAUGGAGAAUGACGAUGAAUGGUAAUACGGAAUUUUUGAAAAAAGGUGAAGAAAUGAAUUGGUCAUUCCAAAGUGCAGUGGAAGCUGGGUCUGAUGCCGAUAUCAAACAAAGACAGGGGAAUUUGAACAAGAAAACUGGGAUGAGUGUAGGGAUGGAAAUGGAGGAAUUGUAUAUUAGUCUUGACAUUCCCAGUAAUAAUUACCGAGAAAAGACGGUGGUGAACCAACGAGAUUCGUUACAGAUCAGUGGGUUAUCGAACCGUGAAGGGUUGCCGUUGUUCAAGAUUGGGAAUGAAUUGUAUGAAGGUCAAUGGAAGAAAUUGGUUGGGACUGAAUUGGUGUUUCCUCAAAAUGCAUCCUUGCAUCGUAAAGUGAUUGAGAAGGAGGAUGGUGACGAUGUGAAUGAAGAAGUUGAUGAAGAUUUGGUGGAUAAGAUAUUACGGGAGAAGCAAGAGGCGGAGGGCGAGGGGGAGGGGGAGGGGGAGGGCCAGGACGCAAGUGGGAAUGAGGAAUUGAAACAAAAAGUGUACCAUGUCACUGAUCGAAUUGUUCUUUAUAACGUUCGUCCUAUGUGA